GGCUGAGGGCGUUGGCGGUGAUGGAGAGGAGGCUUGCUUCUAUUUCGCGUGGUGGUGGUGGCCGAGGACGCGGGGUUGGUUGCGCUACGAUCUCGUCGUGAUAAUCUCUCUGUGUGUGUGUGUGUGUGCGUGUGUCGCGGUUUUAGUGAGUUGUUGUAGCGGAGGAGACUCGUGAAUUCUUAGUGUAGCAUCGCGGCCACAGGGCGGAGGAGGGGGUUUCAAGUGGAGGGAGGGUGGCGAGAGUUCGUGGGGUGAGCGUUUUUGUGAUGAGAGUUGGCUGCGUGGAGAGGAGCGGGGAUUUGUUGUGCAGAUUGCGAGGAGAGGUGUUAGGCGGGAUGGAGAGGACACGGAAGAGCAGCGGAGGUGGUGAGGCGAAGGAGAGUUUGAGUUGGGAGGAUACGUUACGAAUACAUCAGGGAAUAUGUUUACGAAGAUGUAGGUGCUGUUGGUGUUGUUUUUCCUUACGUGAUUAGAGUGAAGGGGAGGAGAGGGAAGGGUCAGAGGAUGAAAGAGAAGUUUGCGAGGGUAGUUCUGCGCGGGUUGCGACUGCAGGGGCGUGACUAUGUGGAGCUUCGGAGGGACGGAGCCACUGCUGUAUUUUAUUGCUCCCUGUGUGGGACUCGGUGCUACAACGAUGCAGCUCUGUCGGAUCAUUUGAACGGGAAGGCCCAUGCUCGCCAUGAGAAGUCCGCGCACGCUACGGUUGGGGCGCGACCGAAGCAGGUCAAGAGGGCUCUCGUUGAUGUUGAUGGGAAGAAUGAGAGUUUGCUCACGACGGCUGCGAAGACGAGAGAGGAGUGUGGCGCAGGGCAGACAUCGUCUUUGUCGGGGGAGGUGUUGUCUCUGAGGGGAGGAUGCCAGAGUCAUGACGUUUUUACCAAGUCGUCGACGACGUCCUUGAAGUGGAUUGGCAGUGGGGAGCUCUUUCUGAGAAUAAAGUCCAUGGGUAAUCCUUUCGUGGAGGCUACAUGGUUUUCGUGGCAGAAUAUGUGCAAGUCUGCGGAGAAGAGCUGGAAUGAAAAUACCAACGCCGCUAAAAAGGAGUAUGCUGUGGUUGUCUUUCCUUACAGCGAGGGAAUCGGCAGGGGAUGUGACUGGCUGUCCGCGAGCCGCUCUGAAACGAAAGGUUCUCUAGCUCCUGAGAAUAGAAAGUUGCGUCAUGGGUGCAAACUGUCUCGCAGAGUUCCAGGAGUUCACGGACCUAGAACGCAGGAUUUUCAAGAAACUGCUGGAUCGAAGGAGACUUCGCCUCCCACCCCUCGACAUACAGCCCACGCGCCAUCGACUUUGUCAAUCGGAACGAAGCUUACAGAAUCGGUGUCUGAAGAGCUGCUGGAAUCUAACGGCGAGCCAUCUGAAAACGGUUUCGAGCAUGACGGAUACGUCACAACAUUUCGAAGAAUAUGGAAACGGAAGCAAGCCAAGAACUCAGAUCGCAUGUGCUUCAUUUGUCAUCAGAGGCUGCUCCCAAUCCAAGGCGUUGCUGCUCUGGUGAACGUACAAUCUGGGCAGAUGAUCUGUGGAAGUAGAAACAGGCAAGGGGUGUUUCAUGUCUUUCACAGUGCGUGCUUGGUAGAGUGGAUUGCAUUCUGCGAAGCAAAAACUUGGAAUGCUUCCCUGUCGAUGAGUCGAAAGCUGAAGCGCCACAAAGUUGUGCAUCCUAAUACGUGUCAGGAAGAUCAUGCUAACGACACACAUGACUGGCCUGGAACCGAAACUGAGUUCACAUCUGAGACAGGAAUCUUUUGUCCUGAAUGUCAAGGCACAGGUGUUAAAAUGCAUGGUCCGCAACUUGAACAUCCUCGGUUCCGUCUUUAUCAAGUGUAUGAAUGGGUCAUGGAGCUGAUAGAGUCUAGAAAAGCGUACAUUGAAGGGUAUGGAAACCCAUUGGGACUAUUAUUUGUGAAAAAAGAUCAGUCCAAAUCCCCGGGUGUUGUUCAAUCACAAGGUUUCGUACAUUUCUAUUCCGCUGGAGGCCCUCGGGACUUGGUAGCGAACCUAAUGGACAGGGACGUGGAAGCUUGUAAGUAAAGCAUAUGUACUUUCAUCGAUUUUAUAGCAGCAUGUGGGAGUUACUCAUGUAUCAUGACCGAUAACUGUAUAAUAUUACAGUCUGCCUAAGGACUUGGAAUUGUAGUAUGAUCUCUCGUUUUGAAAUUCUAAUUAGUUUUACACUUUUUUUUUUCUUUUUUUUUUCCAGAGCUGUAGCUUGUACAAUAUGCCCAACUUUUGGUUCAGUAGGUGCAGGCUACAGAUUUCGAGAAGCUCUAUUUGAGCGUUUACUCGCCACUUUAAGGCAUGAUAUGCCACCCGGUUUGUACGCAAGUCUAUAAGGAAUGCCUCUGUUGCUGGGAUUUGUCGGGAUUUAAUGAA